AUGAAUAGCCGCCCACUUUGUCGGACGUUGUCUAGUGACCCCUCGGAACCGCUGGCUCUAACUCCAGCACAUUUUUUGAAUUUAACGCCUUUAAAGUAUUUGCCCGCCGUAGAUAUGGAUGAGAACAGACUUAGCAUUUCCGCACGCCACAAAUUAUUAGUGCAAUCGUUUUGGAAACGAUGGAGGAUGGAAUACUUGCAUACUUUGCAGUCGCGGCAAAAAUGGAACACAGCAACUGAGCCUUUAGCUGUAGGAACUGUAGUUGUGCUCACCAAAGAGAAUACGCCGCCUCUCCAUUGGCCGUUAGGAAUUGUCGAAGAGGUCUUUCCCGGUUCCGACGGAGUAAUUAGAGUAGCUCGCGUUAAGACCACGGUUGGGUCUUACCUGCGUCCUGUUGUCCGUUUGUGCCCCUUGCCUCUUCCAUAA